AUGCGGUUUUUCUACUGUCUAAUCUUUUUGUCAUGCAUCUUGGUGAAAAAUUCUUUCGCUAUUAACAAUGACAACAGUAUUCUUUGUACAUCACAUUGCCCAGAAAUCACCAUUUCAUUUUCUGAACCGUUAACAUUUCCUCCAGAAUGUCAAAAUAAUUAUAAUAUAACAAAUAUUUAUGAUCAUGCAUUAGCCUGUACUAUUAAAUAUCGUAUCAAUUAUGAUUAUGAAGAAAUUUCUAUUCAAUUUCAAACUAUUAAUGAUACAAAUAUAUUCGAAGAUAACAAACCAGGUGAAUUUCUUAUUCAAGAAAUAAGGUUAGAUCUUACUAAAACGCAACUUCAGCCAAAUGAAGUAACUCGAAUAUAUGGUUGUAAUUCAAAAAAUGAUUGUGCAAGAGAAUUUUAUUUAAAUACAAUUUAUCCCUUACUUAUUGAUGGUAAAUCCAAAUUGAAUAAAAUUAAAGGAAAAUUAUAUAGCAAUUCAUUAAUAGUUUGA